AUGCCAGCAACCCGCAAAUCCGCACGCGGCGCAGCCGCUCGAGCUGCGGCGAGCAAGGGGCAGUCUACCCUCAGCUUCAACCACAAAGUCACCAAGAGCGGAACAACAAAGUCCGGCAAGUCUGACAAGCUCUCCACGCCCACUGCCACCAAAGUCGGGCCAGAACGCCAAGCCCAGACCCCCACUACCGAGGAUGUGGAUGAAGUCGAGGUUGAGCAGCCGGAGGAGGUCCCAGCAGCGCAGCCAGAGGUCGGGAAGAGUGAGGCCGAGCUGAGGGCAGAGAAUGUCAGCGAUGCGCAGAUCAACCGCUACUGGAAGGGUGUCGAGGCCGCGCGCAUCUCGAAGCGGGUGCACCAGGAGGACCUGAGCCAGGCAGAGAAAGUGUUGCGUUACUUCGACGUCAGCUCACAGUACGGGCCUUGCAUCGGCAUCCCACGCGCGAGGCGGUGGUACCGGGCUGAGAGAUUGGGCCUCGACCCCCCAAUUGAGGUGCUCGCAGUCCUGCUGAAGGAGGAGGGGCAGGGCAAAAAGGAGAUUGAGAGGGCUGCCAUAGAUCGACUGAUGGAGUCCACGGCCGUAGGAAGUGGCUGA